UGCGAAGGGAAGUGUCAUCUUUAGCGUCCGAAAACUUUUCAGGAAACUCGAAGUUUUUUUCGAGGUAGGUUCUUCAUCCAUAGGUUUAGAAAGCCUCCUAGUAGUAGUUGUGAACCUGAUGUAUUUGUGUACGAAAAUUACAGGAAGAAAAUAAGCGCCCAAGAUGUAUUCGACAUGCGAAAACGUUUAUUUGGACGAUCUGAACUCUGAGGUCAGUCUAACCUUGAUUAUUAUCUGUACUAGGUAGGUGAUUUUGAGACGUAGACUGUAGAUCAAUGAAUGGAAGAAAUCAACAGCAGAAGUGACGCUUUGAAAAAUGUGAUCUGGAUGCUACAAUAUCUACUGAUAACGGUAAGGACAGAGGUGAAGCAAAUUUGAAUGUGCAAUUGAAUAGUAAAUUCCCUGUGCUUAUUGAAAUAUCUGAUGAUAAGAAUGUUGGCAUUAUUUGUUCUAACCAUCAAGUGCGGAAAAAGGUUUUUAUGGAUGGGUCAGAUGUAGAUGUUCGAGAUGCAGCACACCCCGUUAUCUUGUCUGUUCUGUAAGAGCUGCUGAGGGUAACCUCCCAUAUAUGGAAUGUUAAGAUUAUGAUAUGUGGUUAUUGGUUCUACAGAUGGAUGAAAUAUUGAAUAAUACUCUUCAUGUUAUUUUAUUUUGCAUUUGAUUCUAACUGGAAUAGUUUUAUGCAAUAUUUUAAUGUUUACCUUCAUUAUUUCCCUUUUUAGGAGAACGAGUAAAUAUUCGUGUAGUGCCAGAUAUCAUUCAUACACAGCCGUACGAAAAAUGGAAGUUUGAAUGCUCUGUGAUAGGUGCAGAUAUAGAACCAAUAGUCAAAUUCCAAGAUGGUAGACUUGUCGAAUCAGAUCCUAACUUUCGAGUUACUCGCAUUGAUCCCAACACUGUCAGCGUUGAAGCGAUUCAUGGCUUAACGGAAAAAAAGGAGCGUCUUAGCUUCAUAUGUACAUUCCCUGGUGGACCAGAGGAGGAGAUAGAUGUUUAUAUUCGACGACGAUGUCCUCAUGAUGAAUUCAUGUGUAAAGAUGGAACAUGUCUUCCAGAAAGGGAUUUUUGUAACGGUCGAGUUGAUUGUUCUGAUGGUUCAGAUGAACGACCUCCAUAUUGUAGGGAAAUUGUACAGGUGGAAGUUAAACCAAGCAUUAUUCAUGUUCAACCGUAUAAACGUUUUGAAUUUGAAUGUAUUUCUUUUGUUCCUGGGAUAAAACCAGAAGCUCGAUUACCUAGUGGUAUACUUGUAAGUCAAGAUCCACGUUUUAAUGUAAUAUACCUUUCACCAAAUCAUCUUCAAGUAAAUGCAAUAUAUGGUUUAACAGAUAGAGAUCAUCCAUUCCAGAUUUAUUGUAUAUUUCCUGGAUUAGAAAAUAGAACUGCUGUAAUAGAAAUUGAAAGACCUUGUCCAAGUGGACAGUUUCAAUGUAUGGAUGGACGAUGUUUACCAUCUAAUGUAUUUUGUGAUGGCAAAUCGGAUUGUUCAGAUAGUUCAGAUGAAAAUGAACGAUACUGUGCUGUAAACAUCAGAGUGACACCAGGUUCGAUUCGUGUAGUCCCAUAUCAACGUUUUCAAUUCGAAUGUUCAACGUCAAUCCCAGGCGUAUCUCCUCAAGUAACGUUUGACGAGCGUUCAGUAGAAAGAGAUAAUCGUUUUGUUGUUACUCGUCCAAGUCUUCAAACUAUAGUAGUGACAGCGCCAACUGGUUUAUCAGAAAUUGGUGCACACAGAUUUAAAUGUAUUGUAUCAGUAAAUAUUGUUAAAGAAGUUGAUGUAGAAAUCAUAAGUGAAUGUCCACCUGGGCAAUUAAAAUGUAGAUCUGGUGAAUGCUUGCCAAGAGCAGUGUUUUGUGAUGGGAAGUAUGAUUGCCCAGAUAGAUCAGAUGAAGAUCCAAGAUCAUGUGUUCCUACAAUUAUUAUUACUCCAACAACAAUUUUAACAAGACCACAUGAAUCUUUCCAAUUUGAAUGUAAAUCAGUUAUGCCAGGUGGUGAACCAAAAAUUACACUUGAAGGUUAUCCAGUUGAAAAUGAUCCCAGAUUUACAAUUGUACGUCCAAGCCGUGAACAUGUUAUUGUUCGAGCAGAAAGUGGUAUUGCUGAUCCUGGAAAAUAUUCUUUCACUUGCACCGUAGUAAGUGCAGCUAGUAAGACAAUCGUGGUACAAGUUGAAUCAGUAUGUCCAUCUGGUUAUUCUAAGUGUAAAGAUGGAAUGUGUAUCCUGGACAACCAGUUUUGUGAUGGGAUAAUUCAUUGUCGAGAUGGCUCAGAUGAAGACAAGUUACGGUGCCCUGAAGUGGCUGUUGAUGUACGAGUUCACUUUACUCCUGGUGAAUUACGAAUUCAACCUGGUCGAGCAUUCCGUUUGGAAUGUGUGACGGAUAAACCGGGCACAUCUCCAGUUUUACAGUUUCUUGAUGGGAGACCAAUAACAAGUGACCCAAGAUUUGUGGUUUCUAGGCCAUCAACUGAACGUGCCAUCAUAGACGUUCCUGGAGGCCUUGAUGCUAGAGACAGACAGAUCAUAAUCGAAUGUGUAUCUCCCAGUGGUGAAAGAAAAACAUCAACCAUCUUCAUCGAACUAGGUUGUCAACCAGGACAAAGACGAUGUCCCAGUGGGCAGUGUAUAUUUGUGGGUCAAUUCUGUGAUGGGAAACCUGAUUGCGAUGAUGGAUUUGAUGAGAAACCUGAAAACUGUGAGUAUUGUGAACCAAUAACAAAACCAUGCGAAGUUGUGAAUGGUAAACCACCUAAAGAAAAAACCUAUGAACUACAUUGGAGGUGUGAUGGCGAAGAUGAUUGUGGAAAUCGGUUUGAUGAACAAAAUUGUCUAAAUGACACUCGUGUACCAGAUAACGAGUGUGGUGCUACUCAUUUCAGAUGUGGUACUGAACCAUAUCAGUAUAUACCGUUUGCAUACUGGUGUGAUGGAGGUCGUGAUUGUCGAGGUGGUGAAGAUGAAGCUGAUUGUUCCCCACCUACCAUAAUUCAAACUCAACGUCAAGAAACUCAUAGAGUUCGUCCUGGUGGUAGACUGAUUUUAGAAUGUGAAGCAUCCGGUGUUCCACCACCUAUGAUUAUUUGGCGUUUCAAUUGGAGAUGCCUUCGUGAUGAAACACGAAUGAGGACCCAAGCUGUGCCAAGUUCGCUUGGAUGUAAGGGUUCAAAGAGUCGUCUAACAAUCGAAAACUUCAGGGAAGGUGACGAUGGGAUUUAUAAUUGUGAAGCACUGACAUCGAAAGAAAGAGCUAUGUCCCAGGAUAUAUUUGUUUUUCUAUCUCCUUAGUUAUGUUUUCAUUUUCACGUGAUAUUAUGGAAUAUCAAGUUGGAUGAAUAGUUAUAUUAUCAUUUUAUCAUAUAUUUUUAAAAUUAAUUUAAUUCUUUGUGUCAAAAUAGCAAUGUUCUGAAUUUCAAAAUAGUAUAUCUUUCAAUCAUCUUACAAACAAUGUAUUAAUUUUGCCGUUUGAAAUUCUAAUUCCCAAGUUAUACAUUAUUCUGUUAUAUGAAAUUUAAAAUAUAAUGCUUAUUUGAAGAG